GGUCACUUCUCGAGGCUGCCGCUGGUGGGUGGCGGCGCUGGUGUUUGUUUACUACAGCUGGUGUGUCGCGUCCGUCCAGCCGCCCACACCCCCGCCGAGGACGGCCGUGCUGAGUGCUGACGCCCCCCACCCAUGCUGCGCUAGCCAUGGAUCCCCCGGGAAAAGGUGCAGAGGAAAUGGGAACUGGAGUAGCUGGUGGGCCUGAAAAUGUGCAGGCACCCGCAGAAACAGUGGCAAAAGCAAUGGAUCAGUCAGAAUGUAGUUUACCUGAGGAACCACAGUUGCCUAAUGUAUCCAGUGUGACGGGUACCCAGGACUCAGAGAGUGUGCAUCCCAAAGUGCCUUUAACUGAUCCACACAGCACAACCACACUACACAUGGAGGAGCCUGAGAGAAACUCAACAGCCCUGCCAAGUGUAGAGGAAACUAAUGUUAAGGAAAUACUUAGUGGAAUGUCAGAUAAUAAGGGGGAAAAGUCCAACAGUGAAAUCAAAAGUAAAAAUUCUAAUUCCUUGACUGAAAACAGUGAAAGUAAGAAUACAGUAUCCACUGAUCCUAACAACACAAGUGGUGAUAAUGGUGCAAAUGCAAGUGAAAGUAGUGAAGGGCUGAGUUGGAUAUCUGAAGGUGAAUCAGUGCUGCCUUCUAUGGGGAUCCUGCCUGAAGCCGAGGAGAGCCCGGGCCAAGCGUCUCAGGUCAAGGCGUCACAGUCCUUAGAGGGAGCGGCUCAAAUGGCUGCCUCGAGCUCUGAUGCACACAGCCCUGAGGCCCACCCUGCUGAUCCUUCAGAUGUCGUUCACAAGAUCAAGAAGAUCAAAUGGCAGGAUAUUGAAGUGCCCAUCAUCACACAAAACAACAAUGGUCCAUGUCCACUACUCGCCAUUGUCAACGUUAUGAUUCUCAAGGGCCAGAUUACUUUGCCGGGUGACAGAACAGAAAUCACAGGGGGGGAGCUGGUGCUGGUGGUGGGGAACGCUUUAUUUGACCAACCAAGGAACUCUCUCCCGUCAGAGAUGCGACGCCACGUGGAGCAGAACACAGAAGAUGCAAUCAGUAUUCUCCAUAAGUUACUUACUGGCUUAGAUGUUAAUGUUAAGUUUUCUGGGGUGCGAGACUUUGAAUUCACUGGUGAGCUGUGUGUGUUUGACCUGCUGGGCAUCAUGCUGUAUCAUGGGUGGGUGGUGGACCCUUCCAGUGAGGCUGCUGCUAUCAUCAAGGAUCUCUCCUAUAACCAGCUCACUAACAACAUAUUUGCCUGGAGAGAAGAAGCUGUAAAGAAUAACAACAAUGAUCUUCUUGUAAAAGCCAUGUUGUGUGAAGAGUUCAUGGCCAACAGUGGAUCUCAGUUGACCAUUCAUGGACUCUUUGAACUGGGAUCUGCCCUGGGACAUGAAGAGAUUGCAGUCCUUUUCCGUAAUAACCACUUCUCCACUAUAUAUAAAAGAGGGGAACAACUGUACCAGCUACUCACUGACCAAGGGUUCCUGCAUGAGAACAUGGUGUGGGAAACUCUCAAUGAUGUUGAUGCCACCUUUUCUGAGUUUGUCAAUGGGAACUUUGAGACCAUUCCACCAGCCUCAGAACCAUCGCCAUCUUCAAGUGAGGGGCAAAAUAUGACGCUUCAGCAGCAAAUAAAUUCUGAUCAGCAAUUGGCAGCAAUGCUCCAGAAGGAAGUAGACCAACAACAGCGCCAGCAACAGAAUUUUGAGCGCCUUAAAGAUUCCCUUGGUCUUCAUAAUUUAACAGAUGAGGAGAUGGCCAAGAAGCUACAAGAAGAAGAGAACAGGUUAGCAGCUGAGGCCGAGGCUGAGGCUGCUCAGCCAUCCCGUCAAGCCACUACUGUCCCACCAUCUGUCUCUGCUCCUUUCCCACAGCACAGUCCUCAUGCACACGAAGAUAAAAAGAAAAAAGAAUGUGUAAUCCUCUGAGGGCGCCGCUAGUGGGUCAGCGCCUAACCGCCAGGCCUACACGGGGGACAGUCCCCAUCAGGUACACAGAAUGCCUCUGGGAGUGUGUGGGAUGGUCUUAUUGUUAUUUGUUAUUAGAAAAAGUGAAAAAAAAGUUCCUCUCCUCCCUAGUCUAAUAUUAGUGUAUAUUUGAGAGUAUAGUUACCUUGGUUUUGAAGUGUGGAAGUGAAAAAUGAAUGUUUAGAAAAUAUCUUAAACUUUUUUUUGUCAAAUAAAGCUUUUAACAUCAGUUUAGUAACUUAAUGAAUUAAAAGUUUCAUAAAAACAAAUGUCCUACAUAUGCCAUACUAACCUGUAUUUCUUUGACACAAUUCCCUCUUUAAUUCACAUGGAUUUUGUAUGGCCUAAAAUAUUACAAAAAUAUUCAUUUGAACUUUUUCUCUACCAUUAUAUACUGAGUCAUCAUUUGAAUCACUCUACUCUGUUUAUGAAAGCUUUGAUGUAUAGAAAUAUUGUUUUGAGUGGGGGUUGAAUUGGGCUUAUCUCUGUUAUGUAUUGUCUGGUUCUUCAUGUAACAUGCAGUUCAUAAAUGUACUGAUAUUUAUACAAAUAUUUUUUUCUAGUUUUUUGAUGUCUGUCAGACAGUAAUAUGACAAAUAUAGAUAUUUCAUAAUGAAUAGAAUUUCCAAAAUCUAAACUAAUAGUAUGCAACUUUCAAAACAUUGGAUGGAUGGAGGAUCUAAGGAGUCAGGAUGCAGUGAAAGAGAAUAUGCACCAAUACCUUGGGAGUCUGGUUUCCUUUGAUUAAUAAAUGAGCAAGAACAUUUUCAUGUAAAUAUGUAAGGCUGAGAUGCUUAGCAUUUAUGCCCGCCAUUUUAACAUCAAACACGUCAUAAUUUGUUUAACAUCACUUCAGUAGUUUUCUAUGUUUAUACUAACUGUUGAGUAUUAUUGCUGCUAUAAACCUUUUCUGUACAUACCUAGAAGCACUGGUUUACAUCCCCUUUCCUUUAGAAAGAUAGUCCAUAUAGGGAAAGAGGGAGCUAAGGAAAGAGAGUUACCAUAAAAAAACUAGUGAUGGCGGGAAGUAUUGCAUCUCUGGUUAUUGUGGUAAUGAUAUUGUAAAAGUUUGGUAGGAAAUUAAGUACAUAAGUUACCCUUAUUUAUUUACUGUUUUGUUGAAUUUAGUCUCACAAAAAAAUAUUGAGACUCAUUCAUUGUAUCAUAAAAUGCAAAGAAAAGUGCAGUUAAUAAAGAUUUAGGUAGAGUAUAUGCAGAGAUUUAAAUGAAUAGUUUCGGGCUUUUACUUGCUUCUCGUCACCAUCUUUGUCUUGAGGUAGGAAUCAUCAAGAAUCACCUUCAUUAUCAUUCCAGUUUUAAGCUCCAGGAACCAAAACUCCAGUCCUUGAUAUACCUGGCCCCAAAUAUUAAUAUUCAGUGUGGACAGCCUCUUACAGUUUUGGUGACUGGCAGGUCGAGGGUACAGUCCUUGUGUCGUGGUUUUCAACAGGAAUCUCCCUGUUAUUGGUCUGAUACAUGUCACUCUUCUUGGUAUGGUAAUUUUUCCAUUGAUAGCAUCUUAUACCAUAUGACCAACACACCUUCUUUUGUAUAGCAAACAUGCCUUUCAUUCAGAUCAUGCAUGUCUUAAGUGUUUUUAGAUUGCCAAGGUUUUCUUCUGUUAUGAAUGUCUAUUUUUUCCAUGUUGUCUUAAUUUUCAAGUGAAGGGUCUCAGGUUUUUAACAGCAUCAUAAUAUCAGGCCUACUAAGUGUUGAUGUGAUAAAAAAAACUAACACAGGUUACAACUUAUUUAUUUAUCUGUAUCUCUGACAGUCUGUCCAUGCAUGUGAUGAGGAUGUUGAAGUCACCAAAAGCUUCACAUACCUUGGUAAUGGAGUGCAUAACAAUGAUGGGUCUAACCAGGAAGUCACUCGACGGAUUGGCCUGGCCCAUGGUGUUAUGGACACUCAAUACGUGUAUAAGGCAUUGUCAAUAUCUAUGCUGGUGAACAAAGAUUCAAAUCCUAAAGUCUCUUGUGCUCCCUGUCUUACUGUAUGGCUGUGAGACAUGGACACUGAAUAGUGGCUUGGAGAGGCAUGUCAAUUCCUUUGGUACCAAGUGCCUUCACAGGAUCAUGGGGUAUUGCUGGGAUGACUUUGUGUUGAACCAGCAACUACUGCUUGAAACUGAAUCGAGGCCUGUUACCAACUUAGUCUGUGAACACCAAUUCUGGCUAUAUGGGCACGUGACAUGCCUCCCGGACGUCGAUCUUGCUCACAGGGUUGUUUCUGUACGAGAUAACCUUGAAUGGAGGAGACCAAGGGGACGCCCACGUAACACGUGGCUGGGGCAAGUCAGCGAAUCCUGCUGGGAGGGACUUGGGAUGGUCAGGGGAGCUGCAUGGGAGCUUGCUCGGGAGGACUGCUGGGAGUAUGGGUGGUGAGUGAGUGAAGUGAUGUACCCCCAGGUGUAUGCUCCCCAUUAGUUAGUUAGUGUAGCUCUGGUGCCCUGUUUCCUACAAGAUGGGGGGACAGGUGGCUCAGUGGGUUUGGUGCUUGGCUAGCAACCAAGAGGUUGUAAGUUCAAUCCCAGCUCAUGGCAGCUUCUCGGUGAGAGAGGCAGCACUCUCUUGUAAUCCUAGCAGAGCUUUAUGGUCUUAGCUACCUAGCUCAGACAGAUUCUUUCAUCACCUUUUAAUCCCUUAGAGAAUUCUCCUUGAGAGUGGCCAUGCCAGAAGAGUCUGCAGUUCUUUGGCUCAUAGACUUUCUUUUUGCACCAUUCAUGCACUCCUGUGUCUCUCCUUCAAGUAUUUCCACUCAGACUUAAGUCACACCUUAGUUACACUUGGUCUAAACGCUCAAUAAGGCCUAAUUCACACUAUACGGACAGUCACUCUUCAGUCACGGUCUGUUUAUGGUCCAGUCACGGUCUGCUUAUGGUCCAGUCACAUAUUAUUACAUGUAUUACAAUGGGAGCAUCCACUCUACCAGGAAUGGUCAAGCCACAGUCCAGUUGCACUUCAUUCAAUAGAUAUCUUGGGUGGACUGUGGCUAGAGGGAACACACCACUUUGGAUGCCACCAAUGGUCUUGCCCCGGUCUUGCUUUGGUCCUCACAGAGAGAAAAGUACUGCAUCUUUCAGCUUUGAAUAGUAUUUUUUUCAAAAAUGCCAGUGCUUAUUCUAAUGUAAUUGUAAAAUAUGCUUUCAUCAUCAAUCAAAUGAGGAAACAAUGUAUGGAAUUCUCGUUCACUCUUCUUAUCUUACAAGAUUGUGUGAGCCCAUAUUCUCUUUAUUUUCAACUUUGUAUUUUCCUUACUUUUAUUCCUCAUCCAGUGCAAUGAUGAUCAUUGCCUACUUUGCUUGUGAAAACACACAUCCUCCAUUAAUGAUGGUGUGACUCUUCCUGCUGAGGGAGCAGGGAUGACAUGUGCCCCUCAGGCCGUGACUGGAGUGAUCGCGUCCCUUGACCAGUGUGUGUGGAUGGACUCGGACUGUGACCAAAUUGAGAGCGCCCCUUGACUUGACUGUGACUGGCCCCAUAGUGCGAAUAGGGCAUGAGAGAGUGAGUGAGAGGGAGCCAUACCCUUGUCUAUUUUUUGGUAAGCUUAAGAACAAAUUUACUAUCUUCUAAUAAAAUUGCUUACAUUGAUUUCUGUAUCUGCAGACACUUUUGCAAGUUUUAAUUAUAAGCUUUAGUGUAAAUUUGGUAAUUUCUAUCUAUUAAAUUGCGAGAACUUUAUUGCCAAGCUGCACUUGGGGUCACUUCAGUAUUUAUAUUUUUUUUGUCUUUAUAGAAAUAUAUAUUUAGCAUAGCUAUAUGAUGUAUUAUCUUUAUAUUUGUUUUCUUUCAUUGUUUCAUAUUGUUUAUAUUUUAAUUGUCUUUCAUGAGUUAUUUCCAUUAAUGUAUAUCUAACAGAAAUUUUAAUAGAGCACUAGAAGUUUGCAACCUUAGUUUUUGCUAGCUCUAGAAUCUUACAAGGCUUUAUUUUUGUGCAUUUGAUCUGCCAAUGUGUGUAUAGCAAUUUUGUUAACAUUUUCAUUAUUUCAAUAUAUCUCUAUUAAUUUGAUCCCAUAAACUUGCCAUGAAUUCACCAAUGUUGAAGGAACACUGUGCUGAUGUGGUGUCUGAGGGAGGCAUGAUACUGGAAAGGUUCCUCAUUCACACCCAUAUGGAUUCCAAAAUUCUCUACAAAUAUUUUCAUUCAUCUUCAAAAUGAGAUUGUUUAGAACACAUGCAAUAAUGACAGUAAAAUACACCUCAUCACUGUAAAAUUGACUCCUAGGGUACAAGCUUCACCAUUAUUCAUGCCAAAUGCUAAUGAAUUGUUUUUCUUGCUGCCAAUACCUGAUCUUCAAAAUUUGGUUCUUGUUUCCUUGCUCCCACCACCAAGCUCCAGCCACACCAGCACAGUGCUCUCCCUCACCUCUCCCUCCACUGUAUACCAUCUUGCUUUACACUAAGUGCUAAAUAUUCUAAGGAUAUUUCAAUGUUUGGCUACUGUGCUUAUGUGUAUAUUGCAUUAAAUUAUUUUUUGUUAA